UGCCAGGCACCAACCAAUCAGAUUGAAGUUCCUCGUACUGGUGGCUAUCUAUAUGUGACUGUCCCAAGGGUGUUUUGUACCAUAUCAUUGUAUUAGUCAGUAGCAAUGAGUGGCCGUUCUAUAGGUAGCCCAGGGGAUCCAGCCUUAGGGCACCAGCAGAAAACCAAAUGGUUGAAUCUGAGUGAUGGUGAAAAGAAAGAGAUACAGGGAGAAGUGUUGGAUGCAGCAGUAGAGGGAGAUAUUACAAAAAUGAAAUCCCUCAUAAAGCAAUAUGAAGGUCUCAGACUGGAUUACUGUGUGUAUAACAAUGAUCAUGGAGAUACUACACUUCACCUUGCAGCCUUACAUGGUCACCUUCAGAUCGUGAAAUAUCUCAUUGUGAAUGGUUACCGUAUUAUUGAGUGUGAAAACAAAUAUAAGCACACUCCUCUUCACCGAGCAGCAAAAGGUGGCAACUUGGAGGUUGUGCAUCACCUGAUAGACGAAAAAAUUGUAAUCGAAUGCGUUUGUGCGACUGGGGGCAGAACCCCUCUGCACUACGCAUGUGAAAUGAAAUGCAGACUUGAUCUGUGCAAUAUUUGAUGAAUCUAGAAGGUGUCAACGUCAAUGUUAAAGAUACAAGGUACGGAUCUACACCACUUGAUUUAGCAGCAGCACACAGCACUGUGGAUGUUGUUAAAUACAUGAUAGAAGAAAAGAACUGCUAUGAUCCAGCAAACUAUGAAGGCUCAAACUCACCACUAACUCUUGCUGCAUUCAGAGGAAACCUGCCUGUAGUUAGGUAUCUUGUUGAAAAGAGAGGUUUUGAUGUCAAUGUGAAAGGUUUGAAUGACUGGACUCCACUUCAUUAUGCAUGCCGUAAUGGAAAGUUAGAGGUGGUCAAAUAUUUGAUGGAGAAUAAACGUAUUGAUGUUAAUGCUAAAGAUUCAGAGUAUGGAUCAACCCCUCUUGAUUUAGCAGCAGCAUAUGGCACUGUGGAUGUUGUUGAAUACAUGAUUGAAGAAAAGAACUGCUAUGAAGGCUCAAACACACCACUACAUCAUGCUGCACUCAGAGGAAACCUGCCAGUAGUUCAAUAUCUUGUUGACACCAGAGGUUUUGAUGUAAAUAGUAAAGGUUGGCAUGAUAGGACUCCACUGCAUUUUGCAUGUCAAGGAGGACAUCUGGAUGUAGUCAAGUAUCUGAUAGAGGAAAGUAAAAUGGAAAUGGUU